AUGCAGCCCGGCUCCUCCUCUCCCCGCUCCGCAAGGGCUGGAAGCUCCCCUUAGCCUGGUUGCCCUUAUUUAAUUUCGAGUGUGAUUUUGCUAUUUUUAGCAGCUGGAUCCCCUCCAAUCCGCAUUUGCGAGCAGCAGCAGCCGCCGGGAGGGGGGGGGUUUAAUUCGCUUCACAACACAGACACGCCAGGAAAAAAAAAAAAAAAAGCAACCAAACCACCCCCCCCCAAAAAAAAAAAAACCCACCCCAAGCACCCAGCUCCGAGAUCAAGCUGACUGACAAUGAGCGAAUCCGGCGCCAAAUCCAGCCAGCCCCUGGCCUCCAAGGGGGAGAAGGACGUGUCGGAGAAGAGGGGCCGGGGGCGGCCCAGGAAGAAGCCGCAGCAGGAGCCCAGCGAGGCCCCGACACCCAAGAGACCCCGCGGACGGCCGAAGGGCAGUAAAAACAAGGCCACCCCGAAAGGCAGGAAAGCUGCAGUCACACCAGGGAGAAAACCUCGAGGCCGACCCAAAAAAUCGCAGCAGGACGAGGAAGAGGUGAACAUUUCCCAGGAGUCAUCCGAGGAGGAGCAGUGAAACCUCCCGAACCGGCGCUACCUCAUCGCCCGACGGUCCCCGCGUCCUCGGCGGCCGGGGGAGAGGGACGGGGAGAGACCCACCGCGCCGCCCUGGCUUUUUCCUCCUCCCUCCUCCGCUCCUUCCUCACCCUCAGACCACGGCAGCACUGGAAAAUGGCCCAACCUGGGCGGCCCCCGCAGCCCCCCAACCUGGGGGGGCACCCACCCCGGCUCCCCCCUCUCCCCAGCGCUGGGUUUCGGGGCAGCCCCACUGGCAAAGGGGGUGCCCGGCAGAGAGCCGGGGCUGGGACCCCCUCGCCUUUGCUGUCCCCCCACAACGCAAUGAUCUCACCCAUCCAAAGUGGGGGCCGGCUGCACCCCCCCCCGCCCCCCAACACCGGGCUUUGCCUCUGCAGGGAAGGGACCUGGGCGGGGGGGGGGUGUCAGCAAAGGUGAGACCCCCCCCAAAUGCAUUAGACCUUUGCUCUGCCCUGCUGCUACCCCGGGCAAAGCCCCCUGUGCCCCCCCCCAGUCCUGGGGACUGCGCUGUGUGUGGGAGAGCGGCUCCCGCAGCGACGCCGGGGCUCGGUGCCCGUCCCCAGGGGUGCCCGUCCCCGGGGACGCCCAAGCGGGGCCGGCUCGGAGCAGCCCUUUCCUCAUAGGUUC